AGAGAACUGCUCCAUCAAAUAGUUCAGUAUUUAUCUCAAACGGAGACACACAUCUCUACCUCUCUCCGUGAAAAGGUAUUCCUGGUUUCCAAAUUGCAAGUGGUUUUUGAGGAUCUUCAUUACGCCUGGAUGUAUAUACAUACAUAUAUAUAUAUAUAUCAUACGCUGGCAAUAGUCGGGGCAAUGCACCUUUACCUAUGGGCCUUGUCUUGCUGAAGGGCUUUGCAAAAUCAUGGAGUUGUAUGCUUUAAGGCCAAGUAGAACCUCUCUUCACGCUUGGAGUAGACGGACGGGUAACCCCUCUUCUUCUUCUUCAUCUUGUUUACAAAUUCAUGCCCAGAACAUGGGUAGUAGGGCCAAGCUUUGAUGCUUCCAACAAAUGCUCCUGAAUGCGACAUUUCAACUACUGGUCAUAAUAAUAAUAAUGGAAGAUUAGAAAUACCCAAAUUUAAUGCUGCAAAAAACUUGGUUUCCUGCCUUAUUGGGAUUAAUCUCACUUCUUGCUUCUUCCGGUAAGAACAAAGAACGAAGAGAUUAAGGCAAGCAAAGAAGUUAGGAAAAGAAAGGGACUGAAAAGGAAAAACAGAUGGAGAGAGGCUUUUGUUUAUCUUUACUCUGUUUUUUUAUUUCUUUGUGUAUCCUUAUAUGAAACAAAACAAUUUGGGAAGGAGGAGGGAUAAAGAUAGAUAAUUUCCUUUGCUUCAAAGGUCGUCACAUGAUCUUCACUCACACACAAAUAUAUGUACAUUUAUAUAUAUGCUGUUCAAGAAAAUUUUGCAUUGGGGGUGUGGACCCGAAAAGCAUGGAUACUGAUAAGCGAAACCUCAGAUUUCUGAAAGCUUACCACACUGCAUUUCUUGUGAUUUUCUCCCAAAUUUUGAGCCACACUGUUUCGGGGGUCAAUGGGGAAGAAAAUCUGGAAUUAGUGCUGGAGGGAUCAGAUGGUGAAUUGGCCUAUUCUAGCAUAAACCAUGGGAGUUAUGAAUUUGGGGAAAAGGAAGCGGAUGCAUGGACCAUGGUGCAGAAACAAAAGAACCAAUUUGUGGUCAAUGGCCAGCCCUUUUAUGUUAAUGGGUUCAACACUUACUGGUUGAUGGUAUUUGCUGUGGAUCAAUCCACAAGGGGAAAGGUCAGUGAGGUCUUCCAGCAGGCGUCUUCUGUUGGUCUGACAGUUUGUCGCACAUGGGCUUUCAAUGAUGGCCAAUGGCGAGCUCUUCAAAAAUCGCCAUCUGUCUAUGAUGAAGACAUCUUCAAGGCCUUGGAUUUUGUUGUAAGUGAGGCAAAGAAGCAUAAGAUCAGGCUCAUAUUGUCAUUAGCUAACAACUGGGAUGCAUAUGGUGGCAAAGCACAAUAUGUGAAAUGGGGUAAAGCUGCUGGGUUGAAAUUGACUUCAGAUGAUGAUUUUUUCAGUCACCCAACUCUCAGAAGCUACUACAAGGCCCAUGUUAAGACGGUGCUUAAUAGAGCGAAUACAUUCACCAACAUUACUUACAAGGAUGAUCCGACAAUUUUUUCCUGGGAACUAAUGAAUGAGCCACGGUGCACCUCGGAUCCUUCUGGGGACAGACUUCAGGCAUGGAUAGAAGAAAUGGCAGUCUAUGUGAAGAGCAUUGAUCCAAAGCACUUAGUAGAUAUUGGGUUAGAAGGAUUUUAUGGUCCCUCAACACCAAACAAGGUUCACUUCAACCCAAAUACAUAUGCUCAACAAGUUGGGACUGACUUUAUCAGGAACCAUCAGGCUCUUGGCGUUGAUUUUGCCUCAGUUCACAUCUAUGCAGACUCUUGGAUUUCACGAGCAAUUUCCGAUGCUCAUAUCCCAUUUUUCAAGUCAUGGAUGCAAGCCCACAUUGAGGAUGCCGAGAACUUUCUAGGCAUGCCGGUUUUAUUUGCUGAAUUUGGCGUAUCUGCAACAGACCCGGGCUACAAUUCUUCAUUCAGGGACGCCCUUAUCAGUACGGUGUACAAGAUCCUCCUGGAUUCCGUCAAGAAAGGAGGGAGCGGGGGUGGAAGCCUUCUCUGGCAGCUGUUCCCCCAAGGAACAGACUACAUGGAUGACGGGUAUGCAAUUGUUCUUUCCAAGUCUCCUUCAACAUCAAACAUCAUAUCCCUCCACUCCAAAAGGCUUAGGAUCUUCAACUCCUUGUGCUCUUGGACAUGCCGUUGGGGUUGCAAGAAGAAGCAACCUCGAGAGGUCUCUCUCCUCCACGAUGAUCUUUAGGAGUAUAAUGUAAUCGACCAUGACCAUGUAACGAUCUUGUUACCUACAGAGCUGUUGAGCAAUUAAAGAAUGGAGUCGUUGAUGCUUAAAUAAAGCCCUCUUUUUCUGUC